AUGAACACAACGAAGCGGCAGAAGCAGCGCAAGGUGCUGCUCAUGGGCAAGAGCGGCGCGGGGAAGUCGUCGAUGCGCAGCAUUGUAUUCAGCAACUACGUGGCCAAGGACGUGAGGAGACUGGGCGCGACCAUCGAUGUGGAGCAUAGCAAUAUCAAGUUUAUGGGAAACCUGAUGUUGAACCUCUGGGAUUGCGGAGGACAGGACGGCUUCGUCGAAAAUUAUCUUACGCACCAGCGCGCCCACGUCUUCAGCUCCGUCGCAGUCCUCAUCUUCGUCUUUGACAUCGAGUCCCGCGAGUUCGCCGCCGACGUGAUUUCCUACUCCUCCAUCAUUCGCGCCCUCGCCGAGCACUCCCCCUCCGCCGCCGUCUUCGUCCUGAUCCACAAAAUGGACCUCGUCCAAGCGCGCCUGCGACAGCAACUGUUCGACGAACGCACAGAAUACAUACGUUCCGCAUCUGAAAGCUUUGCGCCGACAGUAGAUUUCUUCGCGACCAGUAUCUGGGACCAGAGUCUGUACAAGGCAUGGACGCAGAUCAUCUACUUUUUGAUUCCGAAUGCGAGGAGUAUUGAGGGUUUACUACGGGAGCUAGCCGAGGUGGUGGAGGCGAGGGAGCUGAUAUUGUACGAGCGGACAACGUGCUUGAUGGUCACACAUGUGACGCGGGAUGUGGAGGCCGAGAAUCCCUUCUCGGAUCGGUUCGAGCGCAUUUCCAGUAUCCUGAAGACGCACAAGCAGAGCAUGGCAAAACACACUGGCAUCCCAGCCGGCAGCGCAAACUUCGCCGAGAUGCAGAUCAAAACCGGACGUUUCAUGUUCUUCAUCACGCGAUUGACUGAGAACACCAACCUCGCCGCCGCCAUCCCGCCCAGCGAGCAGAUUUUUAACGCCGCGCGCAUCAACAUCGCCUUGGCUAGGCCUAGGUUCGCAGAGCUAGACAUUGCUAGCAAACCGCGCCCUGCAGUGCAGCAGGCCUUCGCCCACAGUGCAGAUAGCGGCUGGGAGGGAAGGGAAAGGGAAAGCGCGGCUGCGGGGUUUGAAGGGUAG